AUGUCACGCCCAACUACCGUCAUCCAGCCCCAAGGGCCCGUACAAAGCACCGCUACGAGUGUAUAUGGGAAAGGAGAUUUACUACUGCGAAUUGGCAACGGUGGUGCCGGUGCGACUGGUCUUGUGGAGGCUCUGGCUACCGACUAUCUCUCAACACUCUCGGAAUCACGGUCCAUAGCGUGGAUAUGCAAUCACUCGCUCAAUACUCAGGUCGCACUCUAUAGAAGCCAAAUUGAUUUGGCCUUUACGUAUGAACGAGACCGGGAGCAGCUGGCGGCGUCCGAGGGCUGGUCUCGCACCGCGGGAUGCGCAUUCCACGACCACUUCUGCUUGGCAGGACCGAGGGACGAUCCAGCAAACGCGCGUGGCGCCGCUACGGUGGCCGAUGCUCUUCGUCGGAUUUCAGAAUACGGUGGACUCUUCCACAGUAGGGCUGACGGAUCGGCAACUAUGGAGAAGGAGCGGCACCUAUGGUCGAGCUGCGGGUUGGAACCGUGGACUGACAAAGGGGCGGCUAAAUGGUAUCAAACCUCCCUCGAGACACCAGCCGGUGCCCUCAAGAUUGCCGAUCAGGCCGGUGCGUACCUCCUUACCGAUCGCUCUACCAUUCUGAAGCAGACGGGACUAAAGACGAUCUCAAAUACGGUCGUGUUUCUGGAGCCGACCAACCCUCAUCACAUAUUGAUGAACAGUUGCUACGCAUUGCAUUCACCACUCGCCCCAGAGGAGACAAAGAAAGCUGUGGCAGACUUCAUUGAAUAUCUCUUCUCAGUCAGGGGUCAGGGUGUCAUCGCCUCAUACGGCGUAGAGAGCUGUGGUCUACCGUUGUUUGCCCCUGUGGCUGAUGGGUUUGCCAGAGCAAAGCUGACAGGAGGACGACCUGCGCAGGGUACAUGGACAUUUGGGGCGCGACUCUAA